UCCGCCGCUGCAGUGACUGGAAACGACAAGAGGAAGAUGGGCUUCUCUAGAGCAGUAGCGGGGGUUAACAGAUUUCAAAUGGCGAUGCUAGCCAUCUUCGCAGUCCUGACAGCAGGUGCGUUUGGGGACAGCUUCACCGUGCUUCGAGCACCUGGGUAUGUCACCUUCAAGGAAGGACAGUGGCCCAUCUCUGGGGAGCGGAUCCCUGACCUGGUGGCCUUAACCUUGGGCUUCUCUGUGAAAGAGGACUUGGCCUGGCCUGGCCUGCGGGUUGGAAGUCUGUUUCAUCGCCCUCGUGCGAGUGCUCUCGUUGUAGUGAGGGGCGUGGAUCAGCUGCCUCUGCCAAAGAGUGGAACUUCAUAUCCUGUUGAGAAUGCGGUUCCCUUUACCCUGGACAGUGUUGCUAAUACUAUCCACUCUCUGUUCCCGGAAGACUAUCCUAUCAUUUUGCAGCUGGCUCCGACUGAAGAGGGGGUGUACAUGGGGGGCAAGGCGAACGCCGUGUUUGAAGAGCUGCCCGUGACGCUGCGUCAGAUCCGCGGCAGGCUGUCGCAGAACAACUCUGUCCUUGACGUCCUGCCCCCAAACUCCUUGAACAGAAACAGUGAAGUGGUUCAGCUGUUCUUCUCUGAGCUGCAAGUCCUACAGGAUAUCAUUGCUUUGCUGUCCCAACAUAAGCACCUGACGAGUGAGCACUCCCCAGACCUGUACUCCCUGGAGCUGUCCAGCCUGGAGGCGAUGGAGAAGAGCUAUGGACAAGACUCCAUGCAGUUCAAGGAAGCCACGCAGAUCCUGGCCAGCAUGCUGCAGAAGUUUGCUGAUGACAUGUUCAGUAUCUACAACAGCAGUGCUGUGGUGGAGCUGGUGACGGUGAAGAAGUUUGAUACUCCUCUCGUGAGGAAGGUUCGCUCCAUCCUGGAGUCCAAGCAGAUUAGCAACCCAGGAAGCGCAUACAACCUGGCCUACAAGUACAACUUCAACUACGCUGUGGUCUUCAACAUCAUUCUGUGGAUGAUGAUCGUCCUGGUUCUGGCUGUGAUCGUGAUCUCCUACAACCUUUGGAACAUGGACCCAGGCUACGACAGCAUCAUCUACAGGAUGACCAACCAGAAGAUCCGUGUGGAUUAGUCAUCUCUCCUACUCGUCAUCUGUCGUUCAAACACACACGGAGUCUCAGUUUUAAGGAGUGGCCUUUUGUUUCCAAUACAGGUGUCUUGUAAUAGUAUUGUAUAUUCCCCUGAAAAAGAAUUUGUUUCCAUUGAAGUGAAUAUACUGCCCCCUUCUACAAAGACAGAUUUUCUCUGGAUACAUGGUGAGAUACAUUUAAUAAGAUGUAGAAGUCUGGCCCUGGGGGGUGAGGUGUUGUGCAGUACUGCAGUUCAGUUGUCUGGUCUUUGUGUAGUCAUCCUAUAUCAAUGGUUUUUCAAGUUGGAGAUGAGAAGAUUUGUAUUUUGUUGAGCUUUGUUUUUGCCUGUAACUUCUUGCACUGCCGAUCUUUAUAGUGUCAUGUGAGAUUUCCCUAAAGCAUACAGUAUGUGAAGUGAGAGCUACAGUAAAAACUUUCAUAUCACAUUUAAUUGGUACCAGGGGUCCAUCGGCUAUGUAGAAAGAAGGUAUCUCGGAGGGAGCUGUUAUAUUACAUAGUAGUUGCUUUAUUAAUCUCGGGGCAUCAUAAAUUAACUGUCAGGUACACCUGUGUGUCUAAAAAGCACCAAAGUACAGUAUUUUACUUGCGUUAAAGAAAAUCUGUGAACUAUUUCAAAACAGAGCACUGUAAUACAACAUUUGGCAGUUAUAAAACAGCAUUCCAAAAACAGUUCUUACUGUGCUUUCUCUGUCUAUGCCAAAGUAACCUGACUUUGUGUAUUUUUGCACUGUGUGUUAACCUAAGACAGAAACAAGAAGAAAGAGCGCACACAAACACUAACUAGCUUUGAACGUCAAGGAAAAGAUCUUGUUUCAGCUUUAACGGUACAGUGAUUACUCCCUUGUUUUCUUUUAUUUCUCGUGGUUAAACAUGAAGUGACAGCAUUUAAAAAGUGAAACUGAUUUCCCAAAUGCACCUUUUUUAUUUUUAAAUUUGCAACAGAGUCCACUCUGUCCUGCUAACAGCUGACUUUACUGUUUUCAUACUCACAAUAAAACAUGCAUUGAUCAGUUUCCAUCUGUACCGUUGAGUUGGUAGCAGCAUGUGUGAAUUGGUGAAUAGAGGAUAUUGUAUCUUCCAGGAUGGGACAUGGCAGGCUCUACUGUAGUCUGUAUGCAGAUCACAAUUUAGUAUUUCCCUCAGUUCCACAGUGCAUUACAUAAACUCCUAUAUAGCGAGUCUAAUUUAAAAUGAUUACUUAUUUGUUGAAACUCGGUUUAAAUGAAAAGAUUAAUUUAAGAGUGCUUGUCAAUUUGUUAUAAAUGAUCAUUAAAGUAGUCCAUUUAAGUUAGGGCUUUAUUACUAAAUAAAAAGGUCCCACCUAAAGUGCUGAUUGGGUGUCAUUCCUCCUGGAGCUUCUCCUGAAACCUGUGAAGAAUGGUUUUUGUUUUAGAUGGUUUUCCUGAAGAUUAGGUGUUUUUUUUUUUUGUCUUGACACUGAACUACUUACUAUUGAUGCAGUAUGACCAUUACUUUGUAAGGUUUUUAUUCAAAUUAGUGAAAAUUGUCUCCAAUGUUGUAAAUGUUUGUCUAGGAACAAUGUGUACCGAUACAAUGUAAUUUAACAAAUGAAGGUGUGAAAGCUCUGUAUAUAUUGAACAGAAUAUAGAAUAGUCAAAAGGCUGGUCUGGUCUUAAUGUUGUCUUCUCUUAAUGCUCUGUUUUGAUAACCCAUUCUGACACUAUGGCAGUGUGUUUUGUCAAAUUGAGUUCUGUUUCGCCAGUCAAAGUUUUGCAAUUGGGUAUAAAAUGUGGGUGAUUUAAACUAUGCAGCCCAAGCUCAAACCUUGAUCCUGAAAACUGGACCGUGUCGAUUGCAUUGCUGCAGACUCAUUGGCUUUCCACAUCCUUUUACAAACAGGACCAAUUGGAAGAUCAGCUGUAAGGAAAACAUUACAUAUACACUGCUGCCACUAGGAUAUGUGUGAAAACAUUCUGUGAACUUCAGUGUAAAAUACAUCCAAUAAAUAAUCGUCCAGUAACGUU